AGUGUAUAGACGUAUAGUUAAUCUAUUCUGUGCUAUUACCGCGGAGUGUCCGAAAAUCGUGACGACCGGACAUUUGGACUCACUCGACCUGCGGACAGACCUCUUGCAACCACCCCUCCGAGCGCUCCGAGAGAGCCGCUACUACUACAGUACUACUACUACCGCUACAGCGGCGCUAUAAUAUAAAUAUAUAUAUAUAUAAUGUCAUUACCUAACCGUUGUACCCGCCGCCGAAUGCCGAUAAAAGUGAUAUCGGCCGAAUAACGUGUUUUCAACGCCGCCUUAUCAAGAGUUUCCGCCGCCGACACGUUAAUAACAAACAUAAUAUUAUUAUAUUAAAAAAAUUGAUAGAUUUAUUAUUAUUAUUAUUAUACAUUAUUGCCAUUAUUAUUAUUAUUAUUUUUCUAUUAGUAAGUUCGUUGCCGUGUCCGCGUGUAGUGUACCAGUGUGCCUUAUCGCGUAGUACGUUGCAGCCGCACUCGUAGUACGCACCGCCGUCGUUUUCUGACCAUCUCCUCGUCGUCGUUGCCCUCGAAAUCUCCGAAAUCGUUUCUCGUAAUAUUGUCGUUGUUAUUAUUAUUAUUCUUACCAUUCAUUCGGAUCGACAUACACAAUAAUAUUAUUAAACACACACUGUAUUAAUAUUAUUGUUGGGAUAUAUCGUACGACGAAAUAGUUGUAGAAGAGAUAUAAGCUCGCCCGCGUGUUUGCCUUCGGUAGUUUUGCGCAACAAAUACAUAAUAUAUAUACGACUCGAUAUAAUAAUAAUAGACAUAAAUAUAAUAAUAAUAAUAAUAAUAAUAAUAAUAUUAAUAUAUUCUUAAGGCGAUUGUGUGCACACGCAAUCGCGUUCGCGUAUCUCUCCGCGUUAAUUUGAUUUACGCACAACUCGUUUUACCUGUUUUUACUUUUAUCAUUAUUUUCCUCGACCAGAACGGUAUUUCGUAUUUUCGUUAUUCCUCCUCCCGCCGACUGCAUUAUGGCCGACGCGAUUUUUGGAGGUAUUGAAGGGGGAGCAUCGGUUUCCACGGUCGUCAUAACCAAUGGCAACGGAGACAUUUUAGCUGAACUUAAAGGAGAAGGCACAAACCCGUGGAUUCUUGGAAUAGAACCCUGCCUGUCUCGAGUUAAUGACUUAAUUAAAGAAGCUCUCGGGAAAGCUAAUCUUAAUAACAAUACAAAAUUAAAUGGAUUGGGAUUGAGUUUAAGUGGAUGUGAAGAUCUCAUUUUCUGUAAAACAUUUGAGAGUAAAUUAAUAGAAUGUUAUCCAGACCUUACUGACGCGGUAACUGUUGUUAGUGAUACAUUGGCACCAAUCGCACUAGCUUGUGAAUCAGGUGGAGCUGUUAUUAUUUCUGGUACUGGUUCAAAUAGUCUACUAAUAAAUCCAGAUUCUUCAAUAAAAAGAUGUGGAGGCUAUGGACACUUACUUGGUGACGAAGGCAGCGCUUUUUGGAUAGCAUUCAAAAGUAUUAAAUUAUGCUUGGAUCAUUUAGAAGAUUUUAAUUAUGUUCCAAAUGGUUAUUCAAUUGACAGAGUGUGGGAAGCAAUUAAAGCACAUUUUAAUAUUGAUAAAGUUCUAGAUUUGUUGAAUGUAUUUUACGGUGAAAAAAAAGAAAAAUCAGAAAUAGCUAGAUUGUGUAAAACAAUAUCAGAACUAGCUGAAGAUGGAGAUGAACUAAGUCUGUGGAUCUUUAGUGAAGCUGGAAAAGAGUUAGCAAAAUUUAUACAAUCACUCUACCCAGGUGCUGAUAAAAUGUUACAUAAAGAAAAUGGUGGAUUGCAUGUGGUGUGUGUUGGCUCUGUAUGGAAAAGUUGGGAAUUACUCAAAGAAGGAUUUAUGAAUCAACUUGAUCACCACCAUAACUCACAAGAAACUAUAGUUGAUGAAUUUACCUUACUGGUGCUUGAAAAGACUGUUGCUUUAGGUGGAGUAUAUCUAAUUGCAAAAAAAUUAAAUUUCAAUUAUCCUUAUGAUUAUGAACAUAACUAUCGGAAACUUUUCCAUUAUGUACAUGACCGACAAGGCCAAUAGUACAGUAGUGGAAAUUGAAUCAAAAACAAAUGUGGCCUUACCAAUUUUUAAUGUAAUUAUUGUUUAUAACCAUUGGGUCUUAUUUUCUUAGUUUGGUGGUCUCUGCUCAUUUUUGUAUACUUGUUAUUUGAGCACUAUACCUUUUGUUAUAAUAAUUAUACUUAACUUAAUUUGUUUAUAGGUUUAGAAUAUAUUUGAAAGCCAAACUAGUUUUAAUAGUAACAGAUAACUUAGCUUUAGGAAAAAUAUACACUGUCAAUUAACCAUUCUUUGUAUCCUUAUUGUAUUUUAAAAUAGACUAUAAUAAGUUAAUAAAAUAUUAACAAAAAUCACAAGUAUGGGGCCAAAUAGUUUUAUUGUUCAUUUUAUUUUAAUCAUUGUUGUUCUUUGUUUUUUUUUUUAAAUUUAUUAAUUUAAAAAUAUUUUAAGUCAUACUGCUAUCUUUUAAGCUUAUCUAUAAAUGUCCAUUUGAUAAAUCAUUUUACUUAAAAUUCUAAAAAAGAAAACAAUAGUGAUUACGUAUACAAAUAAGUACAUCUUAUUUGUAAUAUUAUAUUUUUACAUAACUAAAUUUUAAUGUUUAAGUAAUUUAUUUAGAAUUAUAGUGUUAAUGGUACUUGGAAAUUGUAGUUACCUCAAUAUUAUUUUGAAUAUAUAUUUAAUUUGUUAUUA